AUGGUAACUAGAAUAGAGUUUACUGACACUGGUAUAGUGCAAGACCGGGAUGUAUUGGUUGUGGUCGAGGAGGAAGGGUCUGACCACGCACAUACGGUCAAUGCCACGACUGUCACACAAUACAGUGCGGGUGCGAGCGCAGGUGUGAAUACACAACAGCAGCAGGCUGAGCUGAAACGGCGGCGCGACAUAGUCCGUCUAGCUACCGUUGAAGUAAUGGGCGACCUGGCUACCGCUGGAGAGGCGGAAGUCUCAGCAGUAGCCACCAGAUGUACCGCUGAUAGGCCUGGUGUAGUAGAGAAAGAGAAAGGUGUGAGUGGUGCGGCGCCUGCUGGGAACGCGGCGGGGGAACAGGAGGGUGUGGUAUCUAUAAAUAGAACGGAAAGUAGCCCGCCAGCUGCCCAUAUGCGGGUCACAAACGGGGUUGGGAACUCACCGUCCGGCGUGGAGAGGCUUUCUGAGAACGAGGUCAGCCAUGGGAUGAGUGAGACUGCUAGGCAAGGUACUACAGAGGCGCCCUUUAAUGAUCGUACCGAUGACACUAGAGCACGCACGAUGAACGGGGAAGCCAUCCCGAUGUUCGGCGGCGGUGCAGCGGUGUCAGAGGUACCCGCACAUGACGCCACACACACCAUCAACCGAGAAUUAGUAUCCGAUGGUUUGGGUGUAGGUAAUGAAGCAUGCGGAAACCGUGCCGAUAGCUCAACGCGGCCAGUAGAAGUUACAGAGACUGCGCCUGGGGGAACGGAAGCCAGCUCAGCUACCGCAGAGCCAGGUACCGGUCAGUUGGCUGGGGCGGAUGCCUUGGUCACGACGCUGGAAGCUAACGAUGCGAACGCUCAGAGGAAUACGAUUGGCUCAGUGUUAAAAGCCGCUGAUGAGGGGGCUGGGGUACUGGACUUGGGUAUGGCCAAUGUUAGAGAUGCUGACGAUGGUUCGCUGGAUGUUGUGCAGGCGCUGCACAGCGAAGACUGGGAGGACUGGGAGCACGUGGAAACACCCAUGCUACGGGUCGACGCGGCCGGAGUCGACCAGUUCUUCGAUGAUGUGAUUGACGCGUGUCUGGGUCAGCCCACCUUGAAGAUUGAGCGACUGAGAGCGGCUCUUGUGCGAACAAUAGGAGUGUACAUCCAGGAAUUUGACCGGCAGGUUAUGGUCGAUGAUCUCAGGAUCUGCUUACGAAACGUGCUGCAAUAA